AUGUCGAUCGGCCAUUUCGAUGCCAGCCACUCGGCUGAGGCGCUCUCGAUCCUCGAGGACGAGGGGCAGUCGCUGCUCGGCAGGGCGCACAAGGCGCCUAUGGCUCUCCCUCUCUCUCCCUCGCGCUCCCAUCACCGUCGCUCUCGCUCGCUCGCGCGGCGCGAACUCGUCGAGUUUGCCUUUGCGCCGCUACUGCCGGACAAGGUCGCACGCAAGCUGGUCGAGCGCUUUCCAGAGGGUGCGCUCCGGGAGGGCGUCGUAGGCUUCGAUUCCUUCGCGCGGAGCGGCGAGGCAGUGCUCGGCGCCUUUGGCGACUGGUACUCGCUGCUGGUCCACGCGGCCGAGUGGCGGGAGCUGUCUCUGCAGCUGCUCGCGUCGCUCUCUCGCGAGCUUGGCGCGCUCAACUUCGAGCUCUCGCCGCUGGCCGUCGGAGGGUACCUCGAGCUCGCGUGCCAGCACGCGCGGCUCUUCCUGCUGCUCGGCUCGGUGCUGGCGGGCCCAGACUCCAAGGGCCGCCUCGCCGCCGCCGCCUACUGCCGCAUGCACCAGCUGGUCCGGCUGUCGGAGCCGCCAGGCUGGCUGGACGUGUCGCGCUUCAUCGUCGAGUUCGAGCGGCCACUCUCGCGGCUGCAGGCCGACUUCACGAGCCGCGUACGGCUGCGCGUCGCGGACGCCCUCCCUUCGGUCAACCUUCUCGGAAGCUUCCUCCAGGCCUACCUCCGCUCGGAGGCGGAGAGGAGCUCGGAGGAGCGAGACGUGGCACACGAGCCGCCGCCGCUGCUGGCGCGGCUGGGUCGAGCCGGCGCCGUCGAGCUGCUCGUCGCUGUCCUCCGCGGCAUGUACGUCCUGCCCGUGUACGCCGACUACUCCAUCCUGCCGCACACCGAGUUCGAGGCGGAGGCCAAGGCGAGCCGGCUGCCGACGCUGGUGGCCACUCUCCAGCUCACCCGCGCCGAGGUGGAGUGGUGGGUCUCCCACGCGGGCGCCGCGCCCAAGGAGGUGCCUCUGCGCGAGAGGGAGGCGCUGGACCGGUCGCUCUUCGACCCGGCCACCGUGCAGGCGCUGCUUCGGUACGCGUGCUUGCUUCGCCGGCUGGUGCUGCGCGAGGCGCCCGUCGUCGCCUCUUCGGCCGGUACACGCCUCUCCGUCGCCCGGCUGCACGUGCUCGAGGAGCUGCUUUCCCAGCUGCCGCGGGAAAAGGCGGCGCUCCCUCCCCGCGCAGAGCUGCUCCUCUCCGAGCUACCCGUCCAUCUGGCCGCCGCCGCCGCGCCCGACGCGCAGCUGCAGGGCCUCCGCCUCAACGUGCUCCGGCUGGUGUAUGAGCUCAGCGCCGCGCCGUGCGCCGCGCUGCUCCGCCGCGCAGAGGCGUUGCGACAGCUUUUGCCGGAGCUGCACCGGCUCUCCCUCCUCUCGUCCGCGAUCGACCAGCCGCAGCGGCUGGUCGACGAGGCGUGCGACCUCUCCCCUCUCUUCGCCUCCGAGGCAAAGUUCAUGCAGGCCGUCUACGCGGGCGCUCUCUCCGCCCGCCCCUCCGACUGCGUCGCCUUGCUCGAGCUCGCGUGCGCGGGAGGCGUCCGCCGCCCUCUAGUGGACGAGUGCCUCGGCCGACUCA